AUGACAGACUUCUGGUUUAGAGAAGGACACAAUAAUCGUGGAAGCACUUUGGGACGGUGCAUGUGCAUCAUCACAAGAGCCUCGAAGGGAUUCGGACGGGCACUUGCACACCUUGCGUCAGGCUACCUCAAGCCGGGCUCCGUGCUGUUGCUGGUGGCUCUCCAGGAGCUGAAGGAGGAACUGCUGCAAAGCCUCCAGGACGUCCAGGACCUGACCAUUUACUGUACGGCAGCAGACCUGAGCACAAAAGAAGGCGUGGAGGACACCGUGAACGUGGCAGGACGGCAAAGCAUCAAAGAAAUAGAACAUGUGCUUCUUGUCAAUAAUGCUGCCUCGUUGGGCGACAUCUCCCCGUUCGAGAGCUUCACAGAGCUGGACAGGGUCAAUUCCUACCUGGCCCUUAAUGUUAGCGCCGUGCUGACGCUGACCGCGGGAGUGUUGCAGGCCUUUCUGCCGAGAGCCGGACUGCGAUGGAGCGUGGUCAACUGCUCCUCAAUGUUUGCGCUGCAGGCGCAGCCCUCCUGGGUGCUCUACUGCACCGCCAAAGCGGCCAGGGAGAUGAUGUUCAGGGUGCUGGCAGCUGAGAAUCCCAACGUCAAAGUGCUCAGCUACGCGCCGGGGCCAAUGGACACAGAGAUGCAGGAAAAAAUUCAAAGGCUGACCGGCAUCCAGUAUCAUUUGUACCCAUGCCAGGAAUCUGCAACCAAGCUGAUGAGAGUUCUUUUAGACAAUGACUUUGCCACAGGCUCGCACCUUGAUUUCUUCGAGUUGUGA